AGCGGCGCCGGAAGCUGCGUGUUUCGGGGUCAGCUUCCGGCGGGGCCGGCACCGGCGGCGGCAGGUGAUGCACUGACUUGGCCCAUGCUGCCCUGCCUGAUGUAGGACCCAAGUGGCUUGGGCCGAGGAUGAGCAAGCCCACAGACCUGCAGCACAACCUGGAACGAAGCCUCCCAGCCAUUGCCUCCAUCAGCACCUCGUUCUCCCAGAGCCAGGGCUUCUCCCCAUACUGCUACGUGUCCCUGGAGAAGAGGAAAGCCAUCUCGGAUGUGAGGAGGACCUUCUGCCUCUUCGUCACCUUCGACCUGCUCUUCAUUUCUUUGUUGUGGAUAAUCGAGCUGAAUACCAAGGAUGGCAUCCAGAAGAACUUGGAGGGUGAAAUCAUCGAGUACAGCUUUAAAACCUCCUUCUUUGAUAUAUUUGUCUUGGCUUUCUUCCGUUUCUUUGUGUUGCUGCUGGCCUAUGCCAUCGUCCGCCUGCGCCACUGGGCGGUCAUCGCGGUCACUACGCUGGUAUCCAGUGCCUUCCUCAUCGUGAAGGUCAUCCUCUCUGAGCUUCUGGCCAAAGGGGCUUUUGGCUACUUACUUCCUAUCGUCUCGUUUGUCAUUGCUUGGCUGGAGACUUGGUUCCUGGAUUUUAAAGUCCUAACUCAGGAAGCAGAAGAGGAACGAUGGUACCUGGCAGCCCAGGCUGCAGCCUCUCGUGGGCCCCUGCUCUACCCCGGAGCCCUUUCCGAGGGGCAGUUCUACUCCCCACCAGAGUCCUUUGCAGGGUCAGACAAUGAAUCCGAUGAGGAAGGUGCAGGGAGGAAGGUGCUGACAGCUCAGGAGAAGGAGUACGUCCGGCAAGGCAAGGAUGCUAUGGAGGUUGUGGACCAAAUCCUGGCCCAGGAGGAGAAGUGGAAGUUCGAGAAGAACAAUGACUUCGGGGACGUUGUUUACACUUUCGAAAUACCUUUCCAUGGCAAGACCUUUAUUUUAAAGGCUUUCCUGCAGUGCUCUGCUGAAGUGGUUUACCAGGAGGUUAUUCUCCAGCCCGAGAAGAUGAUCCUGUGGAACAGAACAGUGGCAGCUUGCCAGAUCCUGCAGCGGGUGGAGGACAACACCAUCGUCUCGUACGACGUGGCAGCUGGUGCUGCAGGAGGUGUCGUCUCCCCAAGGGACUUCGUGAACGUGCGGCGGAUCGAGAGGAGGAGGGACAGGUACAUAUCCUCAGGGAUGUCAACCACGCACAGCCUGAAGCCUCCGCUCUCCAAGUAUGUCAGGGGGGAGAACGGGCCCGGAGGCUUCAUCGUGCUCAAGUGUGCCAGCAACCCUCGGGUCUGCACCUUCAUCUGGAUUCUCAACACGGACCUGAAGGGCCGCCUGCCUCGCUACCUGAUCCACCAGAGCCUGGCUGCCACCAUGUUCGAGUUUGCCUUCCACCUGCGGCAGCGCAUUGCUGAGCUCUGAUCCCUAUGGACAUUCCUAUGGGAAGGGACCCCGGGAUGGGCACGGGCAGCGCUGGGCUCCUCACCCCACACUGGUGUGUGCCAAACCCGGCCCUCCGUGGGGCUCAGCCCCACACAGUGACCCCAGGCUCCCAGGAGGAGGAUGUGUGAGGGUGAGGACUCAGCUCCAUCCCUUUGCAUUGGGGGCAGCCCCAGCUCUGCCCCAUAGGGGGUGUGGGGGGGGCUGCGGCUGCUCCCUACCUGUGGGUGCUGGGGCCGGUGCUGAGCUAUAAAGGGAAGCACUGGAGCCGCCUGCACAUGGGGCCCACGCUGCAGGGAGGGGGCCGGGCCCCCCCCACCUCCUUCCCCCCCAAACAGGGCUCUCUGUACCCCCCUUCCACCCCAUCCUGGGGGUCCCCCAUUGUCCCUAUGGGGGGGGACACGGAUGGGUCAGCAUUAAAAGCCUUGCACUGUU